AUGGCUAACAGCAGCUCGACCUCACCGGAGAUCACGUCGAGAUGUGUCACGGUCAGGGAGCACACCGGUACGCUCAAUUUGGAGGUGACCGAUUAUCUGGGGCUCGUUGGCAUCGGUGUCGGCGAGCCCCUUACUUCGUCCGUCCUCGAAGUCGGCGGCUACAAGUGGAUGAUCAGCUUCUACCCAGACGGAGUCGAGAACUUUCAUGGCCACGCUGCAGCGUUUGUGCACUGUUACUUUGACAGCAAAGACGCGGAUGUGACCGCCAAGUUCACGCUGAGCAUCCUAGAGAAAAGGAGCCAGGUAAACGUAGCCAGCUUCGAUUCGAUGAAGCGCGUCUUCUCUCCGCGCGAUUACAAGACAUGGGGCCAUCACGGAUUCGUGGACAAGGCCAAGCUGGGAUGA